AUGCCGGGGAUCGGAGCUCUGCUGCUGCUGCUGCUGCUGCUGCUGCUUCUUGGGCCUGCAGAGGGACGGGCGCUGUCUGGGGGCCCAGCCUGGGGCCUGUGCCAGCAGCUGUCUCAGAAGCUCUGCACGCUGGCCUGGAGUGCUCACUCCCCCCUGGGACAGAUGGAUCUGCCGAGAGAAGAGGAAGAGGAGACUGCCAGCGAUGUCCCUCUUAUCCAGUGCGGGGAUGGCUGUGACCCGCAGGGACUCCAGGACAACAGUCAGUCCUGCCUGCGAAGGAUCCACCAAGGCCUGUCUUUUUAUGAGAAGCUGCUGGACUCUGACAUCUUCACAGGGGACCCCUCUCUGCUCCCCGAUGGCCCCGUACACCAGCUCCAUGCUUCUCUACUGGGCCUCAGGCAACUCUUAGCGCCUCAAGGUCGCCAGUGGGAGACUGAGCAAAACCCAAACCCCAGUCCGAGCCAGCCAUGGCAGCGCCUUCUGCUCCGCCUCAAGAUUCUUCGCAGCCUGCGGUCCUUCGUGGCUGUGGCUGCCCGGGUCUUUGCCCAUGGAGCGGCCACCCUGAGCCCCUGA